AUGUCGUCAACGCCUGAUAGCCAGGCGCACACUCUGAAGCGCAAGUCGCCAGACACUCGCCUCGACCCUACAGCCAAGCGACACAGCCUUCAAUAUGACCCUCAAGUACCAUGGCUAUACGAGUCUAAACCUGCAAAUGGAUGGCGAAGGGCCGGAAACCCCGAUGUGCAACACUCCAUGCCUUUGGCAAACAUGGUGUCUGCCGUACAGGACCUGAUAGACCCCGACUUUGAUCCGCUAACCGCGAUGCUGGAUGAUGAGCCUCAAUUUUUGAAGCCGUUGCCCGCUCGUAUUGCACCUGAGGACUUGGAGUUUCUGCGAUUCCGUGGCGCGCUGUCUCUUCCGGAGAGCGGGCUUCGAGACGAAUUGCUGCGCUGUUAUAUCCAAUGGGUGCACAGUUUUAUGCCAGUCUUGAAUUUGCAAGAGUUCUUGCGGUGUGUGGCUGAGAAUGACCCAGAGGGGAAUGUUAGUAUUUUGUUGUUCCAAGCAGUCAUGUUUGUCGGUACUGCUUUCGUCGAUCUCAAACACUUGCAGGACGCUGGGUAUUCAACCCGGAAGAGCGCACGUAAUGCUUUUUUCACUCGCCUAAGGCUACUAUACUCUCUUGAUUGUGAAGAGGAUCGCAUUGUGAUUCUACAAACAUUAUUAUUGAUGACCUACUGGUCUGAUCCAGAGAAUAGCCCGCAGCGGGAUAUCUGGGACUGGAUCGGAGUUUGUAACACACAAGCACAUUCAAUUGGGCUGAAUAGGGACCCUGCAUCGGGCGAAAUGGAUUUACAGACUCGACGACUACGCUCUCGGCUUUGGUGGUGUCUAUUCUCUCGAGAUCGACUUAUUGCCAUGGGCAUGCGCCGCCCACUACAAGUCAACGAGGGAACAAGUAGUGUUCCAAUGCUCCGGCUAGACGACUUCGAUUUUGAACCCUUCUCACCAUCUGUGGUGGCAAGUUUCCGAUGUCGCCAACUUGAAGACGUAUCGCAUCAGAAGCGCCUCGCUAUUAUGUUCAUUGAGAAGAUGAAGCUUUGUCAGUGUAUCGGUAGAGUGCUAUUUGCUCAGUAUACACCGUCACAGCGCCAGUUCGGAGCCACAAAUCGCACCACAGUCACAAUCGUUCCCCGUCAGGCCUCUGAGUCUGAGUUUGCGCGGUGUGGUCAGAAACUCGACUCAUGGCUUAGUGCACUUCCUAAAGACGCACAGUUCGUACCAAAGACAAGGACCAAUUUCCGUGAUGGUGAAGAUGUGCUUUUGCUACAUGGCGCAAUGCUCCGCAUGCUCUACCAUGCAACCAGCAGUGCACUCCACAGGCCAUGGGCGAUAGCCUCGAACGACCAGUCUCAAUCACGUAAUAAUUGGCGGAAUACUGCUCGCACGAAGAUGCAUGAUGCAGCUGGAGGCAUUACACAUAUCAUUCAAGGCUUAAAUCAACUCAAUCUGACGCGUUUCCUACCACAGUCUGGCGUGACUGUGAUUCUACCUGCUGCUGUGGCACACUUAUCCAACACCAUGUCCGACAAUCCAGCCGUCCGUGAAAGCAGUGUCUACAAUUUCCACCGCUGUAUUCAAGUCCUCCAUUGUCUUAAGGAUAUCUACCCAGCGGCCGACCAAGAGUUUGCCAACAUCGAAGCUGCCAUAAAGAUGCAGUCCGGCGCAUCAAGCACAUUCUUCGAGGUGAUGCAAUACAACCUCGAUGCCCCGGCCACCUCAUUGACGACUAGGAAACCAAGCGCAGAAUCUGGUUCUACGCCUCAAGCCAACACAUUAUUACCCGAGAAGCCAGUCACUCGAAUUGAGACUCCGAUUUCGAGGCCACCAGCUUCAUCAGGCCAAGAGGGCACUAGUCAAAAAGCCUUCACUCCCCAAACCACACGAGAAACCGAUCUACCUUUAUUCCCAGACGACUUCGAUCAAUUCGACGACCCCAACAGCGUCGACAACAACCCCUUCAACUUCCUCUCCAUCGACAUUGACUCCUUCCCCGAUAUACCCACACCUCAAAACUCGAAUCGCAACAACCCCGAUGAAAUGAACAUCUCUCCACACGCCCAAGACCCAGAUGCCGUCGACUGGACACAGGAGCUCUUCCGGGACACAGACAUGCACCAGUUCAGUCAUGCCGAAACUUUCAGUGGGCUUCAGAGGACAAAUGAGUCACAACAAGUCCAAGACGACGAUCUCUUUUCCUUUAUGAAAGAUGCAAAUGAUAUUACCCCUGGGGGUCACUCUCAGCACCAACCUGUGAACGACACAAGGCCGGAAAUUACUGGUGAUUUGGACAAAGAUCUGGGAUUCCAAUCUGGAGAUGAUAUGUUUUAG